AUGACCUUGCCAGAUGAGAAAGCAGCGGCCAGGAUCGCAGAAGAGCCGCGAUCCGGUUCCGCCAACCCAUCGAUCUCAGAUACGCCCAUGAAGGAUGCCCCGGAUAGAGCGAACCUCGAGCCUCUGCAGGACAAAGACGCAGACCAGUACCCUCAUGGCUUGAAACUGGUGCUCCUUACGGGGGCGUCCAUUGUUGCCGUUUUCCUGAUUGCGUUGGACCAGACAAUCGUGGGUACUGCCGUCCCCAAGAUCACCGACGAGUUCCACGGCCUCGAGGACGUGUCUUGGUACGCGGCCGCCUAUUUCAUGACCUUUGGCGCCUGCCACACCUCGGCCGGCAAGCUGUACAGGUACUACGACAUCAAGUGGAGCUUCCUGGCCUCCAUGGUCAUAUUCGAGGUGGGCAGCCUGAUCUGCGGCGUCGCGCCAAACUCCAAGUCCCUGGUGGUGGGCCGGGCCAUCGCGGGUCUGGGCGGCGCCGGCCUGUCCGUCGGGGGCACGAGCAUCAUCUCCUUCACCGUCCCGCCAGCCAAGAGGCCGGUCAUGAUGGGGCUGGUCGGCACGACGUACGCCCUCGCUGCCGUGCUGGGGCCGCUGAUCGGCGGCGCCUUCACCGACCGCGUCAGCUGGCGCUGGUGCUUUUACAUCAACCUGCCGGUCGGGGGCGUCGCGGCUUUGGCCGUCUUCUUCUUCUUCCACCUCCCCGCCGCCGCCGCCCCUCCAAAGGUCUCCUGGAAGGAGAAGCUCCUGCAGCUGGACCCUGUCGGGGUGGCCCUGGCGAUGGGCGCCCUCACCUCCUUCAUCCUCGGCCUUCAGUACGGAGGCGUCACCCACGCGUGGGACAGCAGCGUUGUCAUAGGCCUCCUUGUCGGCUUCUUCGUUAUCACGGCGGCCCUUGUCGCAUGGGAGAUCUGGCUGGGCGACUAUGCCAUGAUGUUGCCGAGACUCUACAAGCAGCGCUCACUCUCAUUCACGGCGCCGUACCAGUUCUUCUUCAUGGGGAGCUAUAUCGUCCUGCUGUACUACCUUCCCAUCUACUUCCAGAGCAUCCUCGGCGCCAGCCCCAUCAAGUCUGGCGUCAACAACUUGCCCCUCGUACUCGCAGCCUCCGUGUUCGCCCUGGCCGGCGGCGCUGUGGUAAUGAAGACGGGCCGUGCGCAGCAGGUCAUGUUCGUUGGGUCGAUGCUUACUACAGUUGCCAUCGGCCUGGUCUAUACGCUCGACAUCGGCUCGUCGACGGCGAAAUGGGUUGGUUAUCAGUUUUUCGUCGGGUCCGUCAUGGCAUUUGCCAUGAUGCAUGGCUUGACGGUCGCCCAAGCCAAUGUCGGGCCUGAAGACAUCUCUACCGUCACAGCGAACCUCUUGUUCUUUCAGACGGUCGGGGGCGCCUUCAGCACCUCAUCGGGGCAGUCGGCCUUCGUAAACCAGCUGCUGGCCCACCUGCCCAAGUCGGCCCCCGGGGUGUAUCCGCCCUUGGUGAUCUCGACGGGAGCCUCGGAGCUGCACAAUGUGUUCCCGCCAGACGUGCUACCUGGUGUCCUAGAGGCAUACAUGGUCGGUAUCAAGGCUGCAUUCGCGGUUUCGGUUGCCUUUGCAGGUGUCGCGUGCUUGCUUUCCCUUGGAAUACCCUGGAGAAAGCUUCCGAGCCACGCUCCUGGUGAGGCUCCUAUGGCCAUGGGAUAG